AUGUCGGAAGCCUCUGUACAAACUGUCGCCCGUCCACGGAAGCGCCAAUUUCCGCGAGGAUAUGCAUAUCCCAUCAACUACAGCGUUUACGCUCCACUCGCCGAAGAGCUCGGUAUCACGGGUGUGACUCUAACAAAUCUCAACGCCUACUGGCAGUUUCGCUUCAAGCUCAUGAACGCUUGCGAUGUUCCGAACAAAUGCUUCCAGGGCAUCGGCCUGGAAGGCAGCACGAGUAUGGCGGUAGUCUUUGCUGACAAUUACACCCGCGAGCGGAUGAAGGUGGACGAGGAGCUUGUCCAGAGGGUGAAGAAAUUCCUGAAGACGGAGGAGGAUCCGAAAUGGUAUUUCCUGUCGGAUUAG